AUGGCCUGGCUUCUGUUGAAGAAUGGACGGGUGGGCGGAAAUGGAUCAAGGGAGAUUGUGUCCCCAGGCCCUAUCCCCAGCCUUGGAAAGGUGAGCGGCAGCCGUGUGGAAAGCGGGUUACUGGAAGAAGAAAUGGCCAAUGAUCUUUCACGAGGUUUUUACUUGGAAGAACUUAAUAAAUACCGUCAGACACAUAAUGUAGUAAUUACGUAUCGUGAAUUGCCUGUGGGGGAACCUCUAUGUAAGGAAAGGUUUAAAUUUCAAGUUAUAAUAGAUGAGAGAGAAUUUCCAGAAGCCGAAGAUAGAACAAAGAAGGGAGCAAAAAAUGCUGCAGCCAAAUUAGCUAUUGAGAUACUCGCUAAAGAAAAAAAGGCAGUUGGUUCUUUGUCAUCGAUGACAACAGAUACUUCAGAAGGACAAUUCCUUGGGAAUUACAUAGGCCUUGUCAAUAGGUUUGCCCAGAAGUCAAAUCUACAUGUAAAUUACGAACAGUGUCAAUUGAAGGAGUUUGGGCACGAAAGAUUUCACUGUAAAUGCAAAAUUGGGCAGAAAGAAUAUGGUGUUGGUACAGGUUCUACUAAACAGGAAGCAAAACAAAUGGCUGCUAGAAUUGCAUUUCUUAAAUUACAAUCACAAAAAAUCCCAAAGAAAAUUGACCCAGUAUCCUCUGGUUCUUUUACUAUUGAGUUUGCUAACUCAGAAAGCACCUCUUCAGUGACAAGCACAGGUGCUUCUGAAUCAUCAUUUGAAAAUGACUUCUCAGCAAAUGCUUCAAAAACAGAUCCUAGCAGUGAUGGUUUAAAAGAUUCUUCAUCAUUUGUGAAUGGUCUUGGAGACAAUCAAAAGAAGGUUAAAAGAAAAUUGGCACCUAGAUUUGACCCUCCUGAGUUAAUAGAAAACAAGUAUACUGUGGACUACAGGUUUGCCAAAAAUUUUGAAGAAAUAAAUCUAAUUGGUAAAGGUGGGUUUGGCCAAGUUUUCAAAGCAAAACAUCGAAUUGAUGGAAAGACUUACGUUAUUAAACGUGUUAAAUAUAAUAACAGGAAGGUAGAGCGUGAAGUACAGGCAUUGGCAAAACUUAAUCACGUGAAUAUUGUUCAUUACCACGCUUGUUGGGAUGGAGUUGAUUAUGAUCCUGAGUACAGUGAUGAUGAUACUGAGAAUAGUGAUGCUAAUCCUGAGAAGAGCAGAAAUAAGUUAAGACCAAAAACUCAGUGCCUUUUCAUCCAAAUGGAAUUCUGUGAUAAAGGGACAUUGGAGCAAUGGAUUAAUGAAAGAAGAGACAAUAAACCAGAAAAAGCUUUGACUUUGGAAUUGUUUGAGCAAAUAACAACAGGAGUGGAUUAUAUACAUUCCAAGCAGUUAAUUCAUAGAGACCUUAAGCCAAGUAAUAUAUUUUUAGUAGAUACAAAACACAUAAAGAUUGGAGACUUUGGACUUGUAACAUCCCUUAACUAUAGUGAAAAGCGGACAAGUAAUAAAGGAACUUGGCAAUACAUGAGCCCAGAACAGAUUUGUUCACAAGAAUAUGGAAAGGAAGUGGAUAUCUAUGCUUUGGGGCUAAUUCUUGCUGAACUUCUUCACAUAUGUCCCACCGUUUCAGAAAGAAAGAAGAUCUUCGAUGAUCUAAGGAAAGGCAUCUUCUCAAAUCUGUUUGAUAAAAAAGAAGAAGCUCUUAUACAGAAAUUACUUUCAGAAAAUCCCAAGGAACGACCUAACACAUCUAAGAUACUGAAGACCUUAACUGAGUGGAAGAAUGUUUUAGGGAUAAAGCAACGAAACACGUAUUAGGGCCCUUCUGAAGAAGUAUCCUGCUUCUGAUAUAUGAUUUUCCUUUAAUUAUCUAAAGUCUGCUAGGAAAUAUCAAUAGGUAUUUACCUUUUAUUUUGAUAUUUUUCCCCUUAAUUUUUUACUACAUUUGUAGAAAUGUUAUCAUCUUUUUUUUACUUCAAGAACCUUCUUACAUUUGACUUAGUCCUGGCUCAUCUCUUUAUUCUGAAGAUGGCAAAAAGCUCUCAAAUCAUCUUCUUUAUACCAAUUGUUGAGUUCACUAAUGUUUGCUCCACAGUUAUUCUUUUUAUCUUAAAUACAUUUUUGUGUCUAUUAUUAACACAUACUUUAACGAAAAGAUAACUGUGCUGUAGGGCAAUAACUAAGAACAAAAAAUAGUCUAUCUGAAGGGGCGAGAUGAGAUCACUUUCUACUGAGCAGAGGGCUUAGAAGUGACAUUCCAGGGAGCCUUAUAAGAACAUGAGGGAUUUUGAUGAGUAGAGAGAUCACCCAGGUAAUCUGGGCAAGGGGGAUGGCAUGAGUUCUGGAAAAGAUGUAUUUGAGGAACAUUGGGUAUGCUUGUUUGUUGCCCUUAAUUGCUGUAGGGAAUGCUGUAAAAUAGUUUGGAUUGCAUCUUAGAAGACCCUGAAGGUUAGUGUAAACUUUACAGCAAUGAACUACCAUUCUGAAACUGCCACAUAAUUUUAUAAUUUUAAAAAUUAGCCUAAUUUAGGCUAAGUAGAAAAUGAGUAAACUCACAGCAAAAGGGAAUACUUUUAUAAAGGCCGAUAGCUAUUUUUUUAACAAGUGUUCAGGAAAAGCAUUUUCAACUCCCUCUGCAGUACUUAAGGCAAGGUUCAUCAAUGGAUGCUAAAACUUGGAUAAAAAGGUGUCGGGGAACAGGAUCUUCACAAGGGUUUAAAUAUAAUCUCACAGAUGAUGUAUCAUGUAUAAAGGAGAAAUGUACUAUGAUGGUAGAGAUCUGUGGUCACCACAAUAACCAGGUGAUUCAAUUUCCCAUUGCCCAAGGUGGAACAACCUAAAAUUAUACUCCUCCUGAUGUGAUAUAAGAAUUAUACAAUAUCACAUAUUUAGUUUUCCUGCCCAAAGUGUUUAACUGGAAUUCGAUAAUAAGGAAAUUAUUAGACAAAUCCUGAAUGUAGUCAUUCUAAUUAAGGUAAUUGAUUUGGGCUUCUCAAAAAAGUCAAUGUUAUGAAAAAAAGUGGGUAACUAUUCUAGAUAAGAGAUUUCAGAGAUGUAAUGACCAAAUGCAAUACUUGAAUCUUUAUUGUGUUCUGGAUAUUUAAAAAGAAAAAACCCCAGCAAACAGCUAUUAAAGACAUUUUUGGGACAUUUGAGAACAUUUGAAUAGAUAUUAGAUGACAACAUAGAAUAAUUGUUAAUUUUCUCAGGUGUAAUAAUAGUAUUGUGGUCAUGCAGAAAAUAUUUUAAUCUUAGGCAAUGCAUGCAGAAAUAUUUAGGGGUAAGAUGUCAUGAUGUCUGCAAAUUUUAAAUGUUCAGCAAAAACCAAUGUGUGUGUGUACAUGAAUAUAUACAUAUAUAUAUAGAGAGAGAACACAAAUGUAAAAUGUUAACCAUUGAACAAUUGGUAAAUCUAGGUGAGGGUAUAUAGUUGUUUAUUUUAUUAUUCUUUGAACUUUUCUGUAGGUUUGAAAAUUUUCUGGGUGGAGAGUAAUCUUUAAAAAAACUAUGAUGAUCUGGUUUUGAUGAAUGAGACUAAGAAAAACUAAAUAAUGUGGCCAGUUAGAGAAACUGUAGCCUUAUUUUUACCUUCUCUCAUUUUAUUAUUUCUACUCUUAUGAAAUAAAUAUAGCAUCUUUAA